ACUUGCGUUGAUGCCUGGUGGUCGAUUCCCCCUUAUCCAGGGAGGCAAAAAUAUCCGUUCGUUUGCCCCACUUUCCCAACAAACCUCUUCUCCACUGCUUUCCACCACACAAAUCUUUUCAAACGCUAAAUUCUCUCUCUCUCUCUCUCUCUCUCUGCUGGGGAUGUUGGUGGUGUUUGCAUGUUUGUUCGUCUAUGAGCCAUGGACAGUUUCACAAUCUCAAACAUCGUGAAGUUGUUACCGUUGCUAUUCAUCUUUGUUCAGUUCAUCGUCAACCUAAUUGGAUCCCAGGCGGAGCUGAUGCCACCAGUUGAUGAGCUACAGCCCGUGGGUCUAACCGAGUACCGGAUGGUUGAAGCUGAUUCUCACGAUGCACGACGGAGGUUAGCGCCCUUCCAGCUUUGUUUGUUAUGCAAGUGCUGCGCUGCUGCCGCCGCCACUACCAGCUGCACUACUAUGCCUUGCUGCUUUGGCAUCGACUGCCAGCUUCCUAACAAGCCUUAUGGAGUCUGUGCUUUCGUACCCAAGAAGUGUGACUGUAUCUCUUGUGCUGUCUAAAUUAACUUUUCCUUAAUUUCCGUCUUCA